UGUCAUAAAACAUAAUGUGUUUUUCUUUAGUUAAAUAUAUUUUUAAAAAUACCAAAAAUAAAACAAUUGUAUUUUUGCACCAACAAUUGUGAUUCUCAAAGAUCUAUUAGUUGAAAAUGUCAUAAAUGUUCCAUACUGAGUAAUCAGUAUAACUCAGUAUAACAAUAUCUUACCUAAAAUCCUGAAUAAUCUGUAUUUAUGUGAAAUAUCCUGAAUAAAAAACUCAGGAGUCUGCACUAGUAGUAGGAAAAAAGAAGAAGUGGCAGGUCUAAAAAGAAUUACAGGAGAUGAACAGUAUCUUAAGAAAGAAGAUAAGAAUUAAGAAACAGGGGGGAAAAAUCCACCAUAGAUUUGUCACAGGAACUGAGAGAUGGAUCUGGCUUUUCAGUUCAUAUGAUAUUAUUCAUCAAAGCUUGAUCAGAAAUGGCUUUUGUGUAUGGGAGGCUGUCGAGGGAAACUAGGAGAAAAGGCUGAGAUAUUGCAAAUUACACAAGAACUGGACUGAAGAUCAGAAGAUCAAUCCAAAUUUCAAAUCUUUUGGUUCAAAUCUUUGUCAGUAUGUGCAGAAGAGGUCUAGAGAGUACAACAAUGAGUCUCUACAGCAUUCUGUAAAGCAUGAUGGAGGCUCUGUCGUGGUUUGGUGCUAUAUUUCAAAUAAUGGUGUUGGGGAUCUUGUUGAAAUUGAUGGAAUUAUGAACUCUAUGUUGAAGAGUAAAGGUGCUUGUUUUUGCUUGUUUUUAUUACUUCUUCUUCUUUUUCUUUUUUUACAUUUUGACAUGUGACAGAUAUAUUUUAUCCUCAUUUCCUCCGUUAACCAUUAGACUACAAUGUUGUAAUUACUUUCAACAGCCAUGAAUAAUCCAGCCAUUUGAACAAUCAUGACUGCUUUGGUUCGACCUGGAGUCAAUAUUUCAGAGCUAUGUAAGGAAGGAGACAAGUUCCUUCGGAGCGGUGAGCUGGAGAGAGCCACCUCCUUGUACAUGUCUGCCUUCAGGACUCACGCCACCUCUGCGGUGUCCCACAUGAGAAAACUGGAUAAGUCCGGUCUGGAUUUGGUGAUCGCUACUCUAGAGGGCUGGCUUGACAGUCAUGUGAAGAAUCAGCCUGCAGAGGGUCUUAAUAAAGGUCUUGCUGCUGUUUUCCUCUCCACACUCAGUCCCAACAAUCUGUUAGCCACCAUUUACAAAAUGGAAUCUCUUCUUCAGAGUGACACGCAUGCCUGUGAGGAAAUUCUUGCUCGUUGCACUGCUAUGCUUGAAGGGAAGCGGAACCUUCCUCCAGAGGGUUCAACUCAUGUUUUGUUAGAGAUAACUCGAGCCCUCGCCUGCUUGUUAUCAGAAUCUCACAGGUUAAAGGGACUAAAGAUUUACCUCAAAGCUUACCGGAAUAGCAAGUCUGAAACUGUCACACUGGUGAAGAGCAGACAAGCGGGAUACUUACCCAAAAUAGUGAAGGCCUUUGCAGAACAAAUCAUGCUCAUACAUCCCACUCUGGUAGUUGACAGCAAGUGGAGAGUAGGAACAAAGGACAAUGACAAGCUUGAAGAAGAAACUUCUGCUACUGUUAUUGAGUUUUUGCUGUCUAUUUCACCUAGUAACAAAGAAGUACAGGAACUCAAUGCAGCAUAUUUGUUUUUGAUGGGCAGGUUUAUGGACAGUGCAGAGGCAUACUCUUCCCUCUUGCAGUAUGCUCAUGGCCAGAAAAUACCAGAGAGUACUAUAGAAAAAUUGCUCCAAGAAACUCCUGAGAGGACAGCCAGACUCUUGACAAGCCGAGCAGCUGCUUGCUUUUCAGCAGGUGGAAAGAUUGCAGAGGAGUGCUCAGAUUUGGGGAAAGCAUUUGAGACUCACCCAGCCACUGCCCGAAUUUACUUCCAAAAGCUGUUCAAAGAUCAGGGAACUGGGGUGGCAGCUUGCAACCAUCUCCGUCAGCAGGCGGAGAGAGGCCUGUCUGAUUACAGAGAUCAGGUCCUUGUCCGGGCAGAUCUGCGAUCUACUGAAGGAGUUGAACUUCUGGACCCUGUUAUCACUCAGUUACGGACCCUGUGCCAUUUAGAACCUGGUGGGGGAGACAGAGAGUUGCGGGUCCGACUGGCUGAUUGUCUUCUCCUCAGAGGAGAGCACAAAGAGGCCCUCUCUAUCUGCAGCCAGCUAGCUGCCGCACAAGGUCAGCAGAGCUAUCAAAGCACGGUCCACGUCCUUCGCGGAUAUGCACGAUUGCUCUCUGAUGACCAGAAGGGUGCAUUAGAAGACUUUCAGGCUGUGAUUGAACACAAUGCCCCCCACCCAUCCAGCUGUGUGCGAGCACUUUGUGGCAGGGGCCUCCUGCGAAUGAUGGGUGGCUUAAACUACCUGACUGCUUUAGACUAUGUGACAGCCAGCAGGCUGCAUGCUCAGGAAACAGCAUUUGCUGUGCGCUGCUUGGUACCCUGGAACUACCGUGGGCUGCUGUUUACUGUUCUGCUGGAGCAGGGACGAUUCAUGCUUGAAGGGUCUAGAGAUCACAAACCCAAGUCCAGUUCUGGUGAAGACUCCCAACAGCACCAAAAGGAGGAACAUAUGCAGACCCUAUCAAAGAGGGACAACCACAGAUCAAGGUAUGUUUGUUUUAGAUAUGGUUUACUGAGCAAUGCUUUCUCAGAUAAAAUAUUUUGGCAUGUCACAGCAGGAAAAGUCUACUUUAUUGCAUGGUAUGGUCUUUGUUGUGUGUUUUCUCAGUGUGAUUGUUGUCCCGUUGUGUUUUUUUUUUCUGCUUUGUACGUUAGGACUCCUGCUGGUGUCCAUUCCCUUGCUCUGUUGCUGAUGGAGCUCCAGCCCAGUGCCGAUGGGCCUCAGAUCUUGGCAGCAGAUGCCUUGUACCAGCUUGGUCGGGUGGAGGAGGCUUACCGAUUGCUGCUGUCCAUCGGGCCCACCAAUCCUCGGGCACCUAUCUUGGCUCGCCUUGCUUUGCUGCAGCUGCACAGAGGCUUUCUUUAUGACACCAAUCAGCUGCUGAAAAAGCUCAUCUUGUGUGGUGAUACCAGCUGCUUGCGCCCCCUGUUGGCAGUGGCACAACAGAAAGACAGAGCAUUGCUGCAGGGACACUCCCACUCAGCUGCAAAACGCAUUUUGGACCAAGCAAGCGAGGAAUGCGCUGUCAGAGAGGCUGUGGCAUAUCUCUCCAUUGCAAUUAUGGCCUCUGGUGGUGAGGCAGCUGAAUCACUACUAGAAAGAGCGAGGUGCUACGCUUUGCUGGGUCAGCGAAAAACAGCCAUAUUUGACUUCAGUGCCAUUCUGAAGGAGCAUCCGAAACACGUGCAUGCCCUCUGUGGAAGAGGUUUCACAUAUCUCAUGCUGAAUCAACAAAAGGUUUUUUUUUCCCCUCUAGUCUUAUCUAUCAUUGAAACUCGAUACUAUUGCCCUUUUUGUUCAGGUGGUUACAGCUAAGUGCUUGACUGAUAUGUUGCUUGUGAAACAGCUGUAGAGUAAAACAACCUGAGAUUCCUUACUAUUAAGUCAAACUAAAUUAUUGUACAAUUAUUAAAUAAAAUGUUCUCCUCUGGGCUUUCCUGAUAACAGGAAUUUAAGCAUUCGAAUAAUUUAAGCAACAAUCAUAGCUUUAAAACAUACAGGGAGUGCAGAAUUAUUAGGCAAGUUGUAUUUUUGAGGAAUAAUUUUAUUAUUGAACAACAACCAUGUUCUCAAUGAACCCAAAAAACUCAU